UCCAAGCAUUGUGUUUUGUUGUGUUUUUUUCCCCUCAUUGAUGUGUACCAGUGUGUCCAGCGUCUCUGAAUGAUCUUCUCUCUUCAGGCCCUCAGUCAUGACUCUACUUCUCAUUACUACACUGCUGGUCUCAGGUCUGGGCAGUCUCUCCUCCUCUGUGCCACGUCAGUUCCAUGUGGUGAAGGAACAGAAGAACUGGACAGAAGCUCAGCAGUACUGCAGAGAGAAGUUCACUGACCUCAGCACCAUUGACGACAUGACAGAGAUGGAGAAGGUGAAGAGCUUGAUCCAGGAAGCAGGUGCUGGAAACGCUUGGAUUGGGCUGAAGAGGGGAGAGUGGCAGUGGUCUCUGGCUGGCAGGGAUUUCUACAGAGAGAAUGAAUCAGAGUUCAGGAACUGGGAUUCAGGCCAACCAGGUGGAGGAGUUGCUGAAGAGUGUGUGAAUAUGAUAGCAAAUGGAAAAUGGCAUGAUGUCGGGUGUAGCUCCAGCCUUCCCUUCAUCUGCUAUGAUGGGGGAAGCUCCACACAUCCCUAUGUGCUGGUUACUGAUAAAAAGAACUGGACAGAUGCUCAGAGAUACUGCAGAGAGAAACACACAGACCUGGCCAGUGUGAGGAAUCAGACAGAGAACGACCAGAUAAAGGAUGUUAGAGGAAAUAAUCCAGGUAUAGCCUGUUAUAUCGGCCUGUUCAGAGAUGCCUGGGAGUGGUCAGAUGGCAGCAGCUCCUCAUUCCGCCACUGGAACACUGGACAACCCGAUAAUGGUGGUGUAGCGUGCACUGAAAUUAAAAAUGGUCAGUGGAAUGAUGCAGGCUGUCAUCAUCAAAUUAACUUCACCUGCUAUGAAGACAAGCUGGUUCUGGUCCGUGAGAAUAAGACCUGGAGAGAGGCGCUGCAGUACUGCCGACAGCACCAUGUGGACCUGGUGUCUGUGACGUCCGAGCGGGUCCAGCGCUGGGUGAGGGCGCGGGCUAAAGGAGCCUCCACUGCUCACGCGUGGCUGGGCCUGCUCCAUUCCUACGGCGUGGGCUGGUACUGGGUCUGUGGACAGACCGUCUGCUACAGCAACUGGACCCAAGGGCACGAGCAAGAGGGGUCCUUCCAACAAAGAGUCGGGGCAGUGGAGUCUGGAGGGGGGCUGUGGGUCAGCAACCUGACUAAGACCGACAAACUCAACUUCAUCUGCACCACUAUGGAGCAGUGUGGCUGAAUCCUCCUCAGUCCAGAGCAGCCUUGGAGAAACUUCUCAGGGUCCUCCAGCUCCCAUUCAUGUUCACCACUCAUUUAAUCAUACGCAACUACACAACUACUCUCACAUUCACUACAUAUGUUACUAUUACCAUCAUACACCACUCAUUUAAUCAUACGCAACUACACAACUACUCUCACAUUCACUACAUAUGUUACUAUUACCAUCAUACACCACUCAUUUAAUCAUACGCAACUACACAACUACUCUCACAUUCACUACAUAUGUUACUAUUACCAUCAUACACCACUCAUUUAAUCAUACACAACUACACAACUACUCUCACACUCACUACAUAUGUUACUAUUACCAUCAUACACCACUCAUUUAAUCAUACACAACUACACAACUACU